AUGCCGCCUACAGAAUCAUCCCCCCUGCUCCCCGCAGAACCUCGCACCGAGGCGCCCUUCCCUCGCGCCUACGACUCCAAGUCGCUCGAGACGCGGUCGACGUCGUCCCACUCGAGCGGCGGCUCCGGCUCCCCGCGCUUCGACUACGGCGACGUGCUCCGCGACGUCAUCAUCGGCUUCUCGGACGGCGUGACGGUGCCGUUUGCCCUGACGGCCGGCCUGUCCAGCCUCGGCAGCACCAAGCUCGUCAUCAUGGGCGGCCUCGCGGAGCUCUUCUCGGGCAUGAUCUCCAUGGGCCUGGGCGCGUACCUGGCCGCCGUGACGGAGCGCGACACCUACGAGGCCGAGCAGGAGGAGCGCGCCGCCUGCCCGCCCCCCGAGCAGCGCGCCGAGACGCACGCCAUCCUCGAGCGCUACGGCGUCUCGCGCGCCGCCGCCGGCCCCAUUGUCGACGAGCUCUGCGCCGACGAGCGCCGCUGGCUGCGCUUCAAGAUGGACUUUGACCUGCGUGCCGAGCGGCCCGCCGCGCACCGCGCCUGGGUGUCGGGCGUCACUAUGGGCCUGAGUUACUUCGUCGGCGGGCUGAUUCCCAUGGUUCCCUACUUUUUGCUGGAUAAUAUCCGCGACGCGCUGGUGGUUAGUGUUGCUGUGACGGUUGUUAUCUUGUUGGGAUUCGGGUAUGUUAAGAACUAUGUUGCUAUUCGGAAUCAUCGCGCUGGUGCGUGGGGCGCUUUGCAGACGUUGGUUAUUGGCGUCCUGGCUGCUGGUACGAGCUACCUCAUUGUCAAGAGUUUGGAUAGAGGCGAGACGUGA